AUGAAUCUGGGAAUUGGAAGAUUGAACAUCUACACUCUCUUCGCUUUCGUUUUUCUAGCCUCGCUCAUUGGCAGGUCCAACGCGUCAUUAGGAGACCAUCUCCCCGAUUUCAAAGAAUGUGUCCAGGUCUGUAAAGCUGAGAAUUGUCAGAAUGGCAACUCAGUGAUACCUCUACACCACCGCUUGCUACUAUGGACCUGCCCUGCGGAGUGUGACUAUACCUGCCAACAUGUCAUUACCGAUCGUCGCGUCGCGCGUGAUCCUCCGAUGCUCAGCCCAAUUGUCCAAUUCCACGGCAAAUGGCCGUUCCGUCGGAUCUUGGGGAUGCAGGAGCCCUUCUCAGUGUUAUUCUCCUUCUUCAACUUCGCCGCGCAUUGGAACGGCAUGUCUCGUGUCCAAGAGUCGAUCCCGGCCUGGCAUUCGCUUCGCCCAUACUACAUGAUGUUUGGAUAUAUCGGCCUUGCAAGCUGGAGUUUCAGCAUGAUCUUCCACAUGCGCGACUUUCCCGUGACCGAAAAGCUGGACUACUGGGCGGCUGGUGCCAACGUACUGUACGGCCUCUACCUCUCCGUCGUGCGAAUCUUCCGCCUGGACCUCGAGAAUACCCCUUACCGACCUACCCUACGUCGAUUGUGGACCGCUAUCUGCGUUCUGCUUUACACAAUGCACGUGUGCUAUCUCAGCUUCUGGUCCUGGGAUUACACCUACAACAUGAUUGCGAACGUGGUGGUUGGUAUCAUUCAAAACCUCCUGUGGACAGGUUUCAGUAUCCUCCGAUACAACAAGUACAUGAAAUCUUGGACUGCCUGGCCUGGUAUGAUUGUGGCUUGGAUUAUCCUGGCCAUGAGUCUGGAAUUGCUCGAUUUCCCACCCUGGAAUGGGCUGAUCGACGCGCACAGCCUCUGGCAUUUGGGUACAGUUGUCCCCGCCAUUUGGUGGUAUUCGUUCCUGAUUAGGGACACACAGGACGACAUUGCGGCGCAUAGACUGAAAGCGUAA